AUGCCCGCCUUAAUCGGUGUCAACGAGUUUGUGUCGGAAACCAAGGAUGACAUCAACUCUCCCACCACCUCGUCGUUUGUCUCGCGAAUGGCUCACUGCAGACAAAUGGUGUCCACUCUCGAGGAAAGUCUGGACUUCGAUAGGGAUGGGUUGACCAAAAUGAAGAAAGCCGUCAAAGCCAUCUAUAAUGGAGCCAAUGCCCAUAUCGACAAUGAGGUGUAUUUGUCGAAAGCAUUGGAGAGAUUGGGAGCCAAUGCGAUGACCAAAGAUCAGGAGCCGGACAUCGGAUCCGCUUUUAUUAAGUUCUCGAUUGUAACCAAAGAACUGUCAGCUCUUCUCAAGGCAAAGGUCUGUAACUAA